AUGAAAACGAAUUCUGUGUCUGCUCUCAACGAUAGAUCCAAACGAUCAAAAUCUACAGAAAAUAAUCAACGUUUGAAAAUAAUAAAACCACCGAAAAGAAUCAUUCAUGUGACUAUUAGAACACCAUACACUCGAAGCGACAAGGAUUUACAUAGAGAUCGAAAAGAUUCGAUUAAUGCUGCACAGGAAAACAAUAAUAAUUCUAUUUCAAUAAGUAAAUACCAACGAAACGUGGAAUCGGAAUCACAAAGCAAAAGUUUACAAAGAAAAUCCUUCAGAAAUCAUAGUUUUCGGGCUCUGCGUAAUCAAAGUGUUGGAAAUCUUUCAUCGAAUGCAUCUAAAAUAAAAGAUACAUGGGCAAAUCCAACAGAUUUUCAUCUUAGACGUUUCCAUCACAAUUUAGAUGAGAAGAAAAAGAAAAAACGCAGAAGAUUAUACUUUAUUUGCUUGAUAAUACUUCUUCUACUCUUAAUUGUAGCAACUAUUAUUGUUCUUAUCGUUCUUCUGAAGAAAUCUAAGACAAUAUCGAACGUCGCUGUUCCUGUACUUCGCUGGAAUGCAAGUGGCAUAACAAUUGCUGGUAUAACUGGUUGGAGUGGAGCCAAUAAGACUCAAUUGAAUAAUCCUUGGGGAUUAGCAUUAACUUAUGAUCGUACACUAUAUGUUGUAGAUCGUUUGAAUAAUCGAAUUCAAAAAUUUCUACCCAAUUCUACAGAAGGAAUAACUGUAGCGGGAAAUCCUAAUGGUGCAUUCAAUAAUACGCUUGAUUCUUUAUAUUCUCCAUCUAAAAUCGUUCUUGAUUCAAAUGAAAAUCUAUAUAUAUCAGAUGCGUAUAAUAAUCGAGCACUCUUCUGGGCCAAAAAUUCCAACUCAGGAAUUAUUAUUGCAGGUUCAGGUACUGUUGGUAAUACAUUCAAUCCAUUGAAUUUUACUGGAAAUAAUCGUAUCAUGGGAUAUAAAUCUGGAAAUUCUACAGGUUUCGUUGCUGCUGGUGACAAUGGACCAGGACCAAGUUAUACACAGUUAUAUAUUCCGAUGGCUAUGUAUCUUGAUUCAAUAACAAACAGUUUUAUUAUUGCAAAUUUCCUUCGUCAUAAUAUUGUCCGUUGGACAUUAGGUGCCACGAAUUGGACACUUGUAGCUGGUGAUAUCAAUGGACUACCUGGUAGUACAUCAACAUCACUCAAUCUUCCUACCGGUUUGACUCUUGAUCCAAUGGGUAAUUUAUAUGUUGCCGAUUUGAUCAAUCAUCGAAUUCAGUUGUUUAUGAAUGGUCAAAUGAAUGGUACAACAAUUGCUGGUAUAACUGGUCAAUCAGGAAAUGAUAGUCUAUCAUUGAAUAGUCCGUAUACAGUUGCUUUAGACAAUCAAUUAAAUCUUUAUGUUGCCGAUAAUCAUAAUCAUCGCAUUCAAAAAUUUUUACGUUAUUAA